UAGUCACAGUUGCUUUUACAAAUCCUGGGUAAGGGUCACUGGACCCUCACGCUUGUCUGGACCAUAGCCAUAGUAUCACCAGCAUGAAGCCACAGACACUAACACAGAUGAGGUGGUUUGUUCUGUUUGUGUGGAUUACGCCAAUGUUGACCUCAGGCCAAGACACCGCAAACGUCAUUGGCAGUCUUAUUCAACAGGCCGAGGACCACGUCGCCGCUGAAGAUGUCUUGCUGGCAGAAAGAUUCAGAAAAGGCGUGGACAAGCGUGCGGAGGACUUCAUGUCCGUGGAGUCCGUCAUGUUUGAGGACACCGCUGAGAAGGCACAGGAGAUAGAGACGGCCAGCAGACUUAUCAACUGGAUAGCAUUUUUGAUCAGGAGGGACAACUUGACCAUCAGUCUUCAGGAUGUCCUGGGGUACCCAGACUCUCCCGUGUCCUGUCCCUUCAUUCCACCACCAGAGUGUGAGCCGUCCAAAUACCGAUCCAUAGAUGGCACGUGUAACAACAUGAGGAAUCCUCUACAAGGUGCUUCCUUCACACCAUUUGUCAGGGACUUAGAUCCGGUAUAUGAAUCAGCUCCAAACCACGCCGAUAUUGACGACCAGCCGCGGACUAAGGGGAAAUUCGGAGAUCUGCCAGGUGCCCGUACCGUCAGCAGGAUGAUUCAUCAACAAGGCACCCUGGCGAAGACAGAUGGCGCCAUGAGUUUCUUCUUCACGGCGUGGGGCCAGUUCUUGGCACAUACCGUCACAGAUCGGGCAGUCCCUUCCGGGUCAAACUCAUCAAAACUGGACUGUUGUUCUCAAACUCACCCAUCGCCUCAGGCGGAAUGUUUCAAUAUAGACAUCCCGAGUGGUGAUCCUCUCCGCGACUCGGGACGUUCCUGUCUGCCUCUCAUAAGAACGCUAGAAGCCACGGACAUCCUCUGCAAAAAGGGGCGUAGGGAGCAAAUGAACGUCGCUACAUCGUACAUUGAUGGCAGUGCUGUAUACGGCUCCACUCAAGAGAGAGCGGACUUUUUACGGACGCACAGUGGCGGGGAGAUGGCAACAUCAAUGCCAGAUGAACUGCCCUAUAGGUCGCAUGGAAAUCACCUCGCUGAGAGACAAGGCUUUUCUUUCGUCCAGGCCGGUGACCCUCGGGCAGCCGAGGUGAUGCCGUUGUUGGGGAUGCACACUUUGUGGAUAAGGGAACACAACCGUAUCGCCAGAACUCUCGCUCAGCACAAUCCAAACUGGGACGACGAGAUGCUGUACCAAGAGACCAGACGACUAGUGUCCGCCAUGAUUCAGCACAUCACAUACACGGAAUGGUUACCUCCCCUUCUCGGUCCCACUCUGAUGAGAAAGUACAACCUGAGAGGGUACAGGUAUGGCUUCUUCACCAGUUACAACGCCAAUAUUGAUGCCUCUACGUCCAAUGUGGUAUCCACAGCGGCUUUUAGGUUUGGGCACUCGAUGGUGGCGCCCAACUAUCCGCUGUGCCAGAGAGACUAUACCGUUCUCAACUCGCCAGCGUUACAGUUAAAGGAUCUCUUCCUUCGCCCAAACGUGUACUUGCUGAAUGAGCAGACGAUGAUGAGGGGACUUUUAGUGCAGAGGAGCCAGCCCAUGGACCCUUUCAUCACUUCUGACCUCGCCAACAAGCUCCAGGAGACUCGCCAAGACAAUGGCGUUGACCUUGUGGCACUGAAUAUCCAGCGGGCUCGUGAGCAUGGCUUGGCACCUUAUAACAGUUGGCGCAGAUCCUUGAACCUGACCACUAGUUCGUCCUUCACCUCACUACCAGACAUCCCCGCAGCAACCACAGAGGCUUUAGCUAGUGUAUAUGGUCAUCCUGACGACAUCGACGUGUGGACAGGGGGCGUGGCCGAGGAACCAGUGACAGGCGGUCUGAUCGGUCCCCUCUUCGGAAACAUUCUGGGGCGGCAAUUCGAGCGGUACAAGAGAGGUGACCGGUUUUGGUAUGAGACAGGGCGCACGCUGCAUGCCUUUACCUCUGCUCAGUUGGCAGAGAUCAGGCGAGUGACCCUGGCACGAAUAAUUUGUGACAAUUUUGACGUGGACACCAUUCAGCCUGAGGCCUUUAAGCUUAGCAGCGUGCAGGGAAACGAGCGGAUAGCUUGUGAUGACAUCCCGCGGAUUGACCUGUCGCACUGGCAGGAAUAGAGGGAUUUGUCUAAUCAGCACAACAUGUUUUACUAAUAGCUUUCGUCAAUUUUUUUUGUUGUUGUUUAAAGGAAAAGUGUAUUCAAAACCAAGGAUAAAUCCUCAAGAAUCAGAAAAAAAUUAUCUUCAUUUUUGUUUGUUUAUCAAACUGCAUGUUGAAUGAUAUUCAAAUGUUCAAAUUACAAGGUAAGUUUGAUCGAUUUGGAGAACUAAACUGAAAUAAUCUUUAACUCAUUUGCAUAAAGUAUUCUGUUAACUGUAGUUUGCAUUAAUAUCUGUGUGCCAUACCUUUGGAGCCUGUGGAGUCAAGCAAUUAGCCAACUGCAUAAUGAAUUUUAUAAAAUGGAAAGCAAUUAAUGAUAUUUCCAAACUUUACCUUUAAAACAGACCACCCGGGAAUGUUUAUAUAUAAUAGUUUAGAGUUUGUCUUUGCUUUCGGUUUAUGUGUAAUGUUAAAUAGUUGAACGAUAAUAAACAAACAAAAA